UCCCUCGGGCGGCCGAAGAUGGCGGAGACCGGCGGUGCCUCGACGCCGUCCCUGAAGGGGCUGCGGGAACAGAUGGUUGCUGCAGCCCAAGCAUUAGCUGAAGAAAGAAGAAACCAAAGUGGUGUUAGUCCAGUUAGUCCAGUCCCACCCUCAAUACCUAUAAAAACAGCAACAAAGCCAGUGAUAGAUGGCUCCAUCUUGAGAUCAGAAGAGAGGCAAAGACUAGCCAGGGAGCGUAGAGAAGAACAAGAGAAGCAGUAUGCUGCCAAAGAAACACAAAUACUUGAAAAAGAAAAGAAAGCAAAGCUCCAGUAUGAAAAGCAAAUAGAAGAGAAACAGAAAAGACUGAAAGAGCAGAAGCAGAAAGAGCAACAAAGAAGAGCAGCCGUAGAAGAAAAGAGAAAACAAAAGAUUGAGGAAGAGAAGGAGCAUUAUGAAGCAGUGGUGCAUCGUACUUUGGAGCGGAGCCAGCGACUGGAAACCAGACAGAAGAGAUGGUCUUGGGGCGGCUCUGUAACAGAUUCUGAUGGCAAGACGGCCAGCAAACGUUCUACUUCUUCAGCAAACCUCAAGCAUGCAGAAAUCAGUAAACGGCUCUCAUCUUCAGCAGCACUUCUUAAUUCUCCAAGCAAGAGCACCACUAAAAGAAGUGCUUCAUUAAACAGACUGAAUAACAAAGUUCCUCUGAAUUCUGAGCAGCCAGUGUCCAAAGAUUUACAGAUGGAACAGAAAGGAGCAAUGGAAAAGAAGAGGAGCUCAUCCUUGAAUAGAAUGGGCAAUAAACUUCAGUCUUCACCAGGUUUAGAAAAUAUGCAAAAGGAAGAAAAAGCAGCUCGUCGUACCCAGUUCAACCCUCUGGACAGUAACGUGAUCAGUCGCCUGCUCGCCCCCACCCAAGCUUCCUUAGCUAGGAGUAAAAGUGCCGCCACAUUGUCAGCUGAUGGGAAAGAUCCCUCAGAAUCUCCCCUCUGUCCUCGUUCAGCUUCCAACAGUUUCCCUGCUCAUGGUCCCAAAGCACCUGUACGCAGCCGCAGCAUUGACAGGUUGAAGACAGUAACCGCCUCUGCAUCAGAUAACAUUUCUCUGGAACGUGCACAGAAACCAGAAGCAGGAAGAACGUCUCCAUCUCCUGCUGGGAGACGUGCACCAUCACCAUCUUUGUCUGGCUCUGGACGAUCUCCUUCUCCUGCUAAAUUGGGUAAACGCCCUCCAUCUCCAGCUGCAAUCAGACAAAAGCCUCGACCGCCUUCACCAAGCAUCUUAAGACAAAGGCAGCCAUCUCCUGCUACGGUCUCUAAACCAGCACCUAUUCAACGCCCAUCUCUCACUCCUAACGUCCUCAAUAUACCAAAAAAGAAAACGGAGGUGGACUGUAAACCAAAGGAGAAAAUGAAUGAAACUGCGGGGCAGGAGCAAGGGGCUUCUCCACAAACCUCAGAGAGAGAAAUUGCUGUAAAUGCUUUAAAGACCAAAGAAGAUGCUAGUAGUAAAAGUGCUUCAGGGACCACAACAGCUGAAGAAGCAGCAAGAGUCUUGGCAGAGAAAAGGCGUCUUGCAAGAGAGCAAAGAGAACGUGAAGUCCUGGAAAGAGCUCAGAAAGAAGAAGAGGAAAGGAUCAAAAAAGAAAAAAUGGCCAAGAGAGCACUUGAGGAGUCGGCACAGAGAGAAAAUGAGGUCCGCCAGCUAGAAGAACAGAGGAAGAUAGAAGAGGAGGAGCUGCAAAGACUGGCUGAGAAGGAGAGAGUUCGGAGGGAGGAAGAGGAACAGGAGAAGCAGGCUGAGCUUCAGCAGCAGCGAGAAGAAGCUGAAGCAAAAGCCCAAGAAGAAGCCGACAGGCACCGGCAAGAGCAAGAGAGAAUUAUGCAGCAGAACAUGCAAGAGAGGCUGGAGAGGAAGAAGAGAAUUGAAGAAAUAAUGAAGAGGACGCGGAAGGCAGAACAGAAUGAAGCCAGGAAUGAAGAGAAAUCAAAUGAGGAGGAUGAGGAUGUUGAGGAGGAGGAUGACCUGGGCCUUGAAAAGCAAGACCAGCCUGAAAAAGCGAAUUACGUUGACUCACCCCUAGAAGGUGCUCCUCAGAGUUUAUUACAAGAAGCAUCAAAAAUAGACCCAGAUGAUGUCUUUAUAAAUGGUGAUGAGCAGCUGGAGGUUAAUCAGACAGACAAAGAUGAGAAUUCUGAGCAUUGUACCCAGUUAAAAGAGGCCAGUCCUCCAGCAAAGGAAGCAGUAAUUGAGAACUCUGGAAUUUUGCAUGUUAAUGAAGCCAAUCACCCAAUUGGAUUCCUGUCAAAUCUGAAUGGAAAAUCUCUAGCAUGGAAUUUUGAGGAGAUAAUUGAUCUUGGAGUGAUUCCCAAGACGACCAGGCAAAGCGCAGAUAGCAUCGCUGCUGAAAUAUCGAACCAGAACUUGAAAGAUGCUACUGCAGUACCUCCAAGUCCCAAGCUGGUUUUUGAGGAAGAGAGCACAAUGAACUCCUUGACCAAACCAAUAGAGACUGCAUCAGAACUGUGA